AUGAAGUUCACCCUGGGCCUGGGGUCGCGGGCCUGGAGAGUGUCCUGGGAGCGGGCGGCGGCGGCGGCGGGCCCGGGGGCGGGCGGCGGCACGCUCGGCGGCGGCGCACAACGCGUAUCUAGCCCGCGGCCCGGCCGCCGCGGCUCUCGGCUCGCGCGCGCCCUCCCUCUAUGCCUCUCCCGCGGCGGCGGCGCCCGAGCUCUCCCGGACUGCGCCGGGCCCAGCCCCGGCCGCCCCGGCGCCAGACAGCUGGCUGGCCCGCGCGCCAUGGAGCAGACGUACGGCGAGGUGAACCAGCUGGGCGGUGUGUUCGUCAACGGCCGCCCCCUGCCCAAUGCCAUCCGCUUGCGCAUCGUGGAGCUGGCGCAGCUGGGCAUCCGACCCUGUGACAUCAGCCGGCAGCUUCGCGUAUCCCACGGCUGCGUGAGCAAGAUCCUGGCGCGCUACAACGAGACCGGCUCCAUCCUGCCCGGGGCCAUUGGGGGCAGCAAACCCCGCGUCACCACCCCUAACGUGGUCAAGCACAUCCGGGACUACAAGCAGGGCGACCCUGGCAUCUUUGCCUGGGAGAUCCGCGACCGGCUGCUGGCCGACGGCGUCUGCGACAAGUACAACGUGCCCUCUGUGAGCUCCAUAAGCCGCAUCCUGCGCAAUAAGAUUGGCAGCCUGGCGCAGCCCGGGCCCUACGAGUCAAGCAAGCAGCCGCCGCCGCAGCCGGCGCUGCCCUACAACCACAUUUAUCAGUACCCCUACCCCAGCCCCGUGUCGCCCACGGGUGCCAAGAUGGGCAGCCACCACGGGGUCCCGGGCACAGCAGGCCACGUCAGCAUCCCUCGUUCAUGGCCCUCAGCGCACUCGGUCAGCAACAUCCUGGGCAUCCGGACGUUUAUGGAGCAAACAGGGGCUCUGGCGGGCAGCGAAGGCACCGCCUACUCCCCCAAGAUGGAAGACUGGGCCAGCGUGAACCGCGCGGCCUUCCCUGCCACCUCCGCAGUGAACGGGUUGGAGAAACCUGCCUUGGAGGCCGACAUUAAAUACACUCAGUCUGCCUCCGGCCUCUCCGCAGUGGGCGGCUUCCUCCCGGCCUGCGCCUACCCGGCCCCCAACCAGCACAUGUACAGCGCGCCGGCCGGCGGCUACCUCGCCCCAGGCGCGCCCUGGCCGCCGGCGCAGGCCUCCACGCUGGCGACCCCAGGGGCCGGCGUCACCGUGCACGGCGGGGAGCUCGCCACUGCGAUGACCUUCAAGCAUCCCAACAGAGAAGUGGUCGACCGGAAGCCGCCCAGCCCCGGUGGCAAGGCCCCGGACGGCCUCAGUAGCUUACAUGGACUGCCCAUCCCGGCCUCGACCUCCUAG